UAGGGCUCACACACUCGCCACCAUUUCCGUCUAAUCCCACGCUCUCUCUGCUCGCCGGCUCCCUCCCGUUUCUCCACGCCUUUCAAUCCCGUUUCCCGCUCAAUCUUUUCCUCUCGCGUCUCCCUUCUCUCCCCUUCUAUACUGCGACCCAUCCUACCUACCAUUGCUAUCGUUUGUUUGUUCGUCCCUUCUCUCUCUCACUCUCCCUCCUUUAUGCGUUCUCUCUUUUUCUCCCUACCCUUUUCUCUCUCCCUUCUUUCUUUAUCUGCUUCCCUCCAACCUCGCUUCGUACCAACCUACUCCUUUUUUUUCCACCGAGACUAAUUAUGGUGGUCGACGGACGGAGGACAUUUUGUUCCCGAGUAUUUUCAAAGCCAUCCUAGCGUAAGAUGGAUCGCGUGGAUUUCCAUUGGAUCGAUAUAGCUCUUCAUAUAUUAUAGUAACAGCACUGAAGAUCUUCGGGUCAAUUACUACAUUUCAAGUAAUAUCAAAUGAUGACUGCAACUCAUGAGCUUCAACAACAACAACAAAACGUUCAGCAGCAGCAACAGCAGCAGCAGCAACAACAACAACAACAGCAUGUACAACAACAGCAACAACAGGUGCAACCUCAACAAAUUCAACCACAACAAGUGCAAGCACAACAACAGAUUCAGCAGCAGGUUCAGCCUCAGCAACAAAUGCAAGUACAACAGCAGGUGCAGCAACAAGUACAGCAACAAGUACAACAGCAGCAGCAACAACAACAACAGCAGCAACAGCAACAACAGCAGCAGCAACAGCAACCACAACAACAACAAAGUAAUGGGCCACAUAAUGUUGUACCUACACAAGUUCAGGUUCAACCACAGGUAGCAGCUAACAUGCCUCAACAACAGUUACAGGGAGCAGUUGCUGUGUCAAUGCAUCAUCAGCAACAAGGUGUUGGUGGUGUAUCUAUGGCAUUAUCUGGUCAACAAGGUGCAACAACUAUAACCACGAUGGCUGCACAUCCUCAGGCAGUUCAAGUUAUUCAACAACCGAUACAAAGUCAAGCAUAUCAUUUGCAACAACUAUAUAAUACUCAAGCUCCAUUAUUGAUGCCUGGAAAUUUGGCUCUUCAUCCUGCAGGAAUAAAUCCAUCUUCAAUUCAGAAUACUUUGCAGGUUACAACAGCUGGUAAGCCUUUUCAGUCUGCAGCACAAUUGACACCUCAUAUGUUAACUACAGCGUCAACACCUGACCAAGGUACAGGUCAUCCUGGUGCAGGAGGGACUAAAGUUCAAGGAUUUCCAACGAGUUACUUGCCUGUACCAACUUCUGCUACUCCUGAUGCAGGACAAGCAUUGGUUUUCGGACAGCUUGGCGUUUUAGGCUCGCCACAGCCUCCACCCUCGUUACAACAACAACAACAGCAGCAGCAAUCUGCAAAUAAACAAGACCAAGUGCAAAAGUAUACCACAUGUACAGCGGGUACUCCAUCCGGCGCAAGAGGACCAGGAAUGCAAUUUGCACUUUGGCAGUUUGCACCUCAAGUUUGGACUGGAUUACAACCACCAACUGUUCUUACUGCUGCUCCAAACCAAAUAUUUAUUCGAAGUCCUACACAACCUGACAUGUUUAUUCAAGGACCACAACCCAUCCAAGCCCAUAAUGCGUUAGCCACCCAACAGCAGAUUCAAGGAGUACAGCAAAUUGCGGCCGCUAGCGGGAAAGCCAAGGUAAUGGACAUACAACAAUAUCAAGCGAUGAAAAGCAAGCAGAGCACGGGAGGACAGAGGCCACUUAGCAUUUUACCAUCGUCGCUGCAAACUGUCAAUAUACGAGCUGCAAGUUCUGUUUCUACACAAACUGUUCAUGAAGUACAAGUCACGGUACACGCACAGAGUGGGAAAGUUAGCGGGAGCGGGAGUAAGGGUCGUGGUAAACCAAUUCAAUCACCUCAACAACAACAGCAGCAGCAACAGCAACAGCAGCAACAACAACAACAACAACAACAGCAACAAACGCAACAAGCGAUGCAACAACAUCAACAAGUGUUCAUUCAGCAAAAGCAACAUCCUCAACAACAGCAACAACAACAACAACAACAGCAACAACAAUUACAACAACAAUAUCAGCAACAACAAGUGCAAUCUACUCAACAACAAAUCCAACCUAAGCCAAUGAUGGCAGGUAUGGCUUUACAGCAGCAACAGCAACCACCUGGAGUAGUCUUAAGUAGUGAACCAAGACCUAUAAUGCCUGUAGUAUCGGUAGGAAGUGUUGGGGUUGCUGCUGCGUCACAAAUGAAUCAAGUACAACAACCUCAAAUGUCUGCCGUACAACAGCUUCCAAUACCGGUACAAAGCUAUUAUCAUCCUAUCAAUCAGACAAUAAUAGGCAAUCAAAUAGUAGGCGCAGCAUCUCAAGUUCAACCUGUACCAAUAGUAAAUAGACCAACUGAACAACAGCCUCAUGAUCCUAAUAAUACUGCGAUGAUGAUAACGUCGCCUGAUCGUAAUCAUCAACCUGACUGUUCGAUAAUACUUCCAUCAACAAUUCUUCCUCCUGCUAACGAUGACAGUAAAAAUAUUAAUAAAAAAGAUGAAGUUUUACCAGUAACUGUGGAAGAAUUGCCAGUACCUCCAUCAGAUGUAUCAGAUACCGAUAAUUCCAAGCUGCAAUUAAAAGACGAGGAAAAUAAUACCUCAAAAACGGAUGAUAAUAAAACAUGUAACAAUCCAUUAGCAGGACUUGCCAAUACAGUCAAUUCUAUUACCAAUGGCGCAACUAAUGAAGAAUCGACGAAUGUUUCUGUAACUGUUCCUUUAACAGCAAGUAGUAAACAUGCACCUCCUAAGGCUAUGGUUAAACCACAGGUUCUUACCCAUGUGAUUGAAGGAUUUGUUAUACAAGAAGCAUCCGAACCAUUUGCUGUUAACAGAACAUCUUUGAAUAAUACAAUAGGCCAAGAGACAACGAAUAUUUUAAAUCGUAAUAACUCGUCCGAAAAAGAUAAUUCUGAUGAACCACCAAGAAAGAAACAUGCUUCAAAUUACAACGUAGACGAUGAUGGCAAUAGUACUCAUACAGGAAAAUGUGAAAAUUGUGGUAACACGAUAGACGAGCAAAAUAUUAAAUUUAAAAAGGAUAAACGUUUUUGUUCUGCCAUUUGUGCGAAAAAUAAAAAACGUGAAUCGCGUGAACACGAUAUCAUGGACAAGCAAUGGUCAGAAAUGGAAAUUGAUAUUAAAACUAACGAUGUAGAUAAUAAACAGAAAAAUGGAGAAGAUAAAUCGUUAUUGACGACAACUACUGCUUCCUCCGUCGAUGAUUCUACACCAAAAGUGAAUCCUGUUAAAUGGACAGUAGGAGAAGUAUGCGAAUUUAUUCGCGGCUUACCAGGUUGUGCAGAUUACGCAGAAGACUUUGCCAUACAAGAGAUCGAUGGACAAGCUCUUAUGUUAUUAAAGGAAGAUCAUUUGAUGUCAGCGAUGAGUAUUAAAUUAGGACCAGCAUUAAAAAUAGUAGCCAGAAUUGAUUCGAUGCGUAUAGAAUCAAUGUCCAAUUCCAAUCCUACAUCUAACAGCUCAUAAAUUUAUUUAUAAUUCUGUGCAUUUUGAUUGAUUGAUUUUUAUUUGUAGACUAUUAAAGUUUCAAAUAAUAAUUUAUGAGCUGCUGCGGAAGGGUUUUGUGCAAAAGAUUUAUUAUUCGCGAUUCAUUUAAUAAAUGAUAAAAAAUAUAUUAACAUUAUUUUGCAAUAUCACAGAAAAAUUUACACUCGUGUUGUAAAUAUUUUUUUUAAAUUUAAUAUUCCAACGAAAGAAUCUAAUUCAAAUAAUAUUAU